AUGUCCGCCAAAGGUAAAGUCUCAUACACAAUGGGAGUGAUUAGUCAACAGACGGCCACUAGCGGCCGACGCAUAUGGCUGUUAGAUUCAUACAAUCCAGCAAGACCCUACCAAAGCGCGACAGUGGCAAUGUCGACCACCGAAACUUUGACAGCGCUCCUCGAGCCCUGGCAAUUCAUGGGGGCAGCUCUUUCUUAUCUGCCGGCAACAGUCUCUCGACUUUACAAUACCGUCGGCCUCUCUUCAAUCUUCACAUGGCGGCAUCUCCAAAAUGCGUGGUUUACUGAAUUUUGGUCGUGGGCUGGACCCCGCAUCCGCGAAUCAAACGGCCCACGCAUGACCGCAUUACUGGAAGGCCGCGUCACAGGAGGCCAAGUCGUGGAUGAAGUCGUUGGAGAACCGAUCAACGGUGUCGUGCUGGAUAUCGGGCCUGGACUUGGCUACUGGAUCGAUCUCUAUGCGAAAACAGAAGUACCCAUCCAAGAGACGAAUGGGACUUUGAAGAAGCGGGGCCGUGCUGAAAGGGCCAUUACCAAAGUCUAUGGAAUCGAACCAAACACGAAUGCACAUGCUAGCCUGAGACAGCGUGCGGAAGAUGCAGGACUUGAUGGUGUAUAUGAGAUUUUGCCCGUGGGUAUUGAGAAUAUUGCGAAAGAGACGAUUGUAGAGAAGGGCAGUGUGGACGCGAUCGUUUCAUUGCUAUGCUUGUGCAGUAUCCCCGAGCCGGAAAAGAACAUCAAGGAACUCUACAGUUAUUUGAAGCCCGGAGGACAAUGGUACUUGUAUGAGCACGUGAUUGUAAAGGGUUACUGGCCCAUGCAGCUGUAUCAGAGAUUCGUCAACCUUAUUUGGCCACAUGUGCUUGGUGGCUGUCAGUUGUGCCGCGACACGGAGAGGAUGUUGCGCGAAGCUGGGGAAUGGAGUAAAGUCGACCUGACACAACCGCCCCAGGAGCAAUGGCACAUGACUGUGCCUCAUAUCUUUGGAAGUCUAGUUAAAUAA